UGUUAACACCACCCGAACAGUUUGGGAAUGUCGAAAAAGGCCUUUAUCGUUCAGAUAUGUUAUGUCCUCCACACUUUCCCUUUAUAAAAUCCCUUAACUUGAAGACGAUCUUACUUUUAUCUCCCGAAGCUCCGACUCGUUCUGUAGGCAAUUUUUUGGAGGAGAACAAUAUUAAAUUGGUACCCUUGUAUGAAAGUAUGAAAGUUUGGAAAUCCACUCCAGGUUGGCAACCUGUCAGUGAAGAAUUAAUUAAGGAUGGGUUAGAAAUGGUAUUGGAUAUUAAGAAUUAUCCAAUUCUUGUCAUGUGCACUUCAGGCAUUCAUGAAACUGGAACAUUUAUUGGAUGUCUACGAAGACUACAAAACUGGAACUUUACUUCUAUUAUGGUUGAGUAUCGAAGUUUUGCUGGUAACAAGGCCCGUUAUGUUAAUGAACAAUUUAUUGAAUUGUUUGAUAUGGAUUUAAUUACUUUGCCACAAAAUUUGCCUUUGUGGUUUAUAGAACAAAAAAUGUUAUUAGUAA